AUGGGCUUGAUGACAUCUUCAUCAUCAUCAUCAUCCUCACCAACACCAUCGUCGUCGUCGCUGAUGCGAACAAAAGGAAGAAUGUCCAUCACGAGAAGUACAUUGUCAUUAUUAUCAUCAUUUCAACAACCCAGCCAUUCGGCCGUUUUGGAAUCCAUUGAUGAAGUCUUUCCGCCCAAUUUAUUGGAUCAACGAAUCGCCCUGAGUCGCAAGGACGGAUAUUGGCCGUUUAUUUCCGAGGGAGAAGAUCCACCCCAAGAGUUUGUCUAUGGUGAAUUUGACAUUGAAUUCUUCUGCAAUGUCUUGGAACGAGCCCGUCAAUUGCAUCCCAAUCAGGCGGAUGAUAGUCCACUAACCUUUUGCGAUUUGGGAAGCGGCACUGGUCGGUUGGUAUUGGUAGCGGCGGCCUUGUAUCCAUGGAAAUUGGUGCGGGGCAUCGAAUUGUUGCCGGGCAUUCAUGAACAAGCCGUCGAAAAACUGGAAUCCUGUCGACGAAAUGGAUCCAGUAGUAGUAGAAGCAGCAGUACUAGCAGUACUAGUGGUAGUAGUAGUAGCACAACCACAACCACGGCUGCGACUAGUCCCGCACCACGACAACCAAGCAGCAGCUCUAUUGGCGGCGGAAGUACGGAACCAGCUGCAGCAUCUAAUUCAGAGCUGGAUGAUUAUUGGAAACAAUACAAACAAUUUACCGUUCCCAAAAGUCCUAGUGACGACUGGCUGAAUGAAUUGUCCGAUUCCUUAAUUGGUGAUGACGACGAUGAAGGGGACAGUGAUGAUGUGUCACUAACGGACGGUGGUUUGUACUUGCCAGAUACUACCAAUACCAAUACCAACACCAACCAACAAGCACAAUUUGGUUUGAAUGUACCACCCGAGGACAAACUUUCGUAUUCUACCAUGAAUGAUGAUGAUAAUGAUUCUACCGAAUAUUUCUUGGGCAGCAAUCACCAACUUCCAUUGGCUCCCAUCCAACUCAGUUGUGGUUCCUUUGACGAUCCCUACGAAUUCUUUGGAGAUGCCGACGUCAUCUUUUGCUUUUCGUCGGCCAUGCCCCAUCACAUUCUGGUGGAUCUGGCACGGGCCGUGGGACGACAAUGCAAACCGGGCACGAUUGUAUUGACCACGGAAUAUCGUCUCCCAGAAGGCGGGACCAUCACUGAUGAUGUUGGCAAUGGUGAUCCAUCCUUACCUCAUGAUGGAGAGUACGCAUUGGAACUCGUCGAAGAGUUGAAUGGAACCAAUGAGGCCACGGGAGGAGAAUCCACCGUCUUUGUUCACCGACUGACGCAAUCACUGGUCCCGGACGGCCAAGAACCACAACCAUUAUCCAGACCCAGACCUAACUUUCCAAUCAAAUGA